AUGGAAGCUACAAAAAACAGUUACGACUUCAUUGUCGUCGGAGCCGGUCCAGCUGGAUGCGCUUUGGCAUCAGGGCUGGCAAGAUCUGCCCAAAAGCCCAAAGUGCUACUUCUCGAAGCAGGCGGCCGCAAUGACGACCGGAGUCUGCGAGUCGACGGUAAGCGCUGGACAACUUUCAUGGAAGGGGAUCUGAACUGGGGAUACAAAACCACUCCCCAGAAAUACUGCAACGGGCGUGAACUCGAUUACUCGCGCGGCAAGGGCCUGGGAGGAGGCUCAGCCAUCAACUUCGGUGUGUACACUGUUGGCGCGCGGGACGACUACGACGAGUGGGCUGCUAGCGUGGGAGAUGAAACCUUCGGCUGGAAGGAGAUGCAGGCCCGAUUCAAGAAGUUGGAGACUUUUGAUAGCACUAUUACUCUCCCGGAGCAUGCAAAGCAUGCUAACUCGGUUGCUUCCGACCACGGUAGCUCGGGGCCUUUGCGUGUCGGUUAUGCCGUGAAUUGGGAGAAAGACUUGUCGCUUUCUUUAGAUGCAUUCGCUGCUGCUGGUCACAAGCGCAAUUUGGAUCACAAUUCUGGUAAUCCACUUGGCAUGGCUGCUACUAUUAACUCUGCUGGUAGUGGCAGGCGGACCACUGCUGCUGACUUGCUUUUGGAUGCGCCUGAUAACCUUGUGGUCGUCACGGACACCCCGGUUCAACGGGUUAUAUUGCAGGGCAAGAGGGCCAUUGGGGUCGAAACUCAGGGCAGCCAAUAUCUGGCUUCUCGGGAUGUAAUUCUCUCUGCGGGCGCGCUAGAUACCCCGAAGAUUCUCAUGCACUCCGGCAUCGGGCCAGCCGCAGAUCUGGAGAAGUUCAACAUCCCAGUAGUGGCCGAUAUCCCCGCCGUUGGCCAAGGUCUCCGCGACCACUACUUUGUUCCAUUAAUUCUCGCCCGCAACCCAGAAACCAAUGACCGCAACACCUUCUUCCAAGACCCAGCCGCGAUGGAGGCGGCAAUGCAGCAAUGGGAAGAAAGUAACACAGGCAUGUGGACACGAUACGGCUGCCAAGUCGGCUGCGGCUGGUUCAAAUCAGAGCGCAUAACCUCAACGCCGGAAUUCAAAGCCCUUUCAGCUUCAGUCCAGGAAUUCAUGAACCGCGAAACAAUCCCGCACUACGAAAUGAUUACCCACCUCCCCAUCCACUUCAUGCUCCCAGACAUGUUCAAAGACUAUAGCUAUAUUGGCCUAGCAGCAUUUAUGAUGAACGAGCAAUCCCUUGGCGAGGUUCGCCUUCAAUCUUCCAACCCCGACAUACCCCUCCUCUUCAAUCCGCGCUUCCUAGAGAACCCCUUCGACCGCCGCGCCUGCAUCGAAAUCUACAAACAUCUCCUCGAGGUAAGUCGGACGGAGUCCUUCGCGAAGGAUACCGUAUCGACGCUCAUCGGCCCGGCCUCCGAUUCCGACGAGGACAUCCUCGAGUUCUGGAAGAGCUUCCUUUCUUCUAGCUGGCACAUGACCGGCACGGUGAAGAUGGGCAAGGCCGACGCCGGCGAUGUGGCGGUUGAUGGGCGGUUCCGGGUUCGCGGCUUGGAGGGUCUGCGUGUUGCAGAUAUGAGCGUCGUGCCUGUGUUGACGAACAAUCAUACGCAGGCUACGGCUUAUGUUACUGGUGCUACUUGUGCUGAUGUUCUUAUUAAGGAGUACAGGCUUGAUGGGUAG